UCAACAAUUAAUUAAAUUUAUUGAUUUUUUGUUGAAUUUACAGAAAAAAAAUGUGUUGUAGAUGAAUAAACUCUGUGAAGAUGUUUGCGAGAACAAUUUUUUCUCGGAAUCGUCCUAAAAUCGUGUCUUUAUCUAAUGAUGCCAGAUUCAAAUUGUCCAAUUCGGCCCCAAUAAAUGAAGAUUGCGAUCAUAAACCUCGAAGAAUAUUCUCAGGUAUUCAGCCGACUGGUAGUGUCCACUUGGGUAACUAUGUGGGAGCAAUAUUGCCAUGGAAAAAGUUGCAGGAUUCAGGAGAAGACGUAAUACUGGAAAUCGCUGACUUGCACUCAAUAACAUUACCCCAGGACCCAAAAAAUUUGUCACAAAGCAUUUUAGAAAUGACUGCUUCAAUUUUAGCAUGUGGAAUAAAUGCGGAGAAAGUCAUUUUAUUUCAACAGUCUUCAGUUUUUACACAUGCUGAGCUUUCUUGGAUCCUCGGAUGUACUUGCACAAUAGCAAGGUUAUCUCACCUACCAGCUUUCAAAGAAAAGUCCUCUACUCUAAAAGAUGUACCAGUAGGAUUAUUCCUCUAUCCUGUUCUGCAAGCCGCAGAUAUUUUAGCUUAUAAGGCUACUCAUGUUCCAGUGGGUGAAGACCAAUGGCAGCACAUUCAACUAACUCAAGAUCUAGCAAAAAUGUUCAAUAAAAGAUAUGGGAAAUGUUUCCCUAUCCCCCAUACAAUGAUAACAGAUAACGUGUAUUCUAGAUUGAAGAGCUUAAGGGACCCUAAUAAAAAAAUGUCCAAAUCCGAUCCUGAUCCUAGAAGUAGAAUAAGUCUCCUGGAUAAACCUGAUGAAAUUCAGAAGAAAUUUAAAAAAGCUGUGACAGAUUUUACUUCAGAGGUUUAUUUUGAUCCUGAAAGGAGACCUGGGGUUUCAAACUUGAUAAGUAUUCAUUCCAUAGUUUCGAAUAAAGAUAUAAUGGAAAUAUGUAGAGAAUCAAAAGGACUGAACACUGCUCAGUAUAAGUCUCUAGUAGCUGAUGCAGUUAUUGAAUACUUGAAACCAAUACAAACAGACUAUCAUCGAUUACUUUCAGAAGAAGCAUAUAUUCUGGAAAUAUUGCAGAAUGGAGCUGAUCGAGCAAAAGAGAUUUCAUGCAGGACUAUGCAAGAAGUGAAAGACAAAAUAGGUUUUUCUUAUUCUUCAAAGAACACUUCAUUUGUUACCUCAAGAAUAUAAAUAAAUUAUUCAAUAUA